AAUAAUGUAAACAUCGCGUAAAAAUAAUUAGUAUAUAUUGAUAAGUCUUUGGAUUUAUUAGUGGACCUGGAUUCGCCUCAUUAUCAUUUAUGAUCAGAUUGAAAAUAGAUCGACACAAUUCACGUGGUUUUAUUUUUUCUGUACUGGGAUGAUUGCGUUUAUGAAAUAUUUGUGUUGUGUUGGCAACUUUUCUUAAAAGGGUCAAACAUCUAACCAAGGCGUUUCUUGUUAUCGCUAUCUUUUAAAAACAUUCAAAUCGACCAGUUACAUGUAUACAUUAAAGUAGUCAUUUCUCAAUAUUUUACUAAUUUGACUGAGAGUUUAACUAAAACCUAUAGUUAAAGCAGCCUAGUAUGUUGUUAUGUCAACUUUCCCAAGCCUGAGGCAAUGGCCACUCCUUUUUAAGAUUUAUGAAUGUAAUUUCACUUUCUUUUCCAAAGACCUGUGACUCUGUAUUAAGAUUCAUGAAUGUAUUAGACUCAUAUCUGAUUGUGCAAAUCUUAAAUCUGAAAUUAAACUAAAACAAUACACAGGUGUUGUGAUUUUUUACUUUCCCCUCAUAAAUGGAAGACUGUAGUAUUACAUCUUCAAAUAGUACGGCAAGCCAUGAAAGCGAAAGCUAUCAGAACAGUCUCCAACAUACCCCGUCACUGAACACCUUGGAUUUAGAUGAAUUGGAACAAGAUUGCCAGUUACAACAACAUCGCCAAGUCUCCCAUAAUCCCCAGCAAGUGUCACUCUUCAAAGAACGUAACCAGGAAGCUACUUUUCGUCAUGUUCCAAUAGGCGUAAAUGCUGCAACCAUUGAUCCACCAUUAAGAGCACCGUCGGAGGAUUAUGCUCCAAAUCCUCAGGAUUUUUAUUCUCAGUAUUUUAAUGAAAGGGAGCGUCUCUCAACGUUCCAUGACUGGCCAGAAGGAGCGAAUGUUACAAAAGAGGAUUUAGCGAAAAAUGGGUUUAUAUAUUUACAUGUAUCUGACCGUGUGCAAUGUGUAUUUUGUAGAGCAUGCUUAGGAGAAUGGAGCCAGGGUGACAUUGUAGCUAAUGAACACAGGAAAUAUUGCCCGGAGUGCCCGUUAGCUUUUGGAUAUGAGUGCGGGAAUAUACCUCUGCCUGCAUCAAGCAGACCUCAGUCAACACAGCAAUCGCAACAGAGGUCAUACAAUACUUCUAUCACUACAGUGAAGAUUCCAGUAUUGGCGCCGACAGUGGCAGCAGGUCAGUUUGCGCGAGUGACACACCCAAACCCUACAGAUGCACAUGCAUAUCCAGCUUCAGGUCAGAGACAAGCUUUUGAUGAACGCCAGAUAUUUAGAUCAGCUCUACAACCACCGCGAACAGCAGAAACAUCAAGUCUUGGAUCUGCUGUGGUUAUCACAGAACCAAAGCAUCCCGACUGGGAGGAUCAGAACACAAGGUUAAGAUCUUUCAAUGGAUGGCCAGCGCAGAUGUCCCAGACCCCGAGAGACCUGUCUGCGGCAGGAUUGCUCUACAUGGGUAAAGGCGAUUAUUGCACGUGUUUUUGGUGCGGAGGACAGCUCUAUGACUGGGAACCAAACGAUGUACCCUGGGUUGAGCAUGCAAAGUGGUUCCCACAGUGUGGCUUUGUACGACAGCAGAAGGGAGAGGCUUUUAUCCAACGUGUCAGAAAUCAAGAGACCGUUGGUGUUGAAUCUCCUAGCAACCAGGAAUUCUUGAGACGCCCUCAUGUUCUGGCUGCACUGAAUGACUAUGGAUAUACGCAGGAGCUGGUCUUGGAGGCCUUACAAACAUGUGGUGCCCAGAGUCUUGUCACUGCCCAAAAUAUCAGAAGAUGUGUUGAGGAGCUGAAAAACAAGAGACAGGCUGCACAAGCCCAGGCCAGACUUGCAGAGGACACACCAUACACUCUCCGGGGCCAGCACAAUCAGCCGCAGGACGACAGGGCCAACCGGUCAGACAGCAUGGCGGUCAUUACGUCUCGCGGUCAGCAGGUGACCCAUCCCAGCGAUGACAGUGAGGAUGUUGAGAUGAUGGAUAUCGAACUGUCCAGUCGUGAUAUUCCAACCAUCAGGCAACUGCAAAAUCUGAAUAUAAACCGACCAUCAAGUGCAGCCUCCACUUCAAGUGCAGAUGUUGAGACAGUUUUGCAAGAGAAUGAGAAGCUAAAAGAGCAGCGUGUGUGCAAGAUCUGCAUGGACAAGGACGUGUGUAUCACCUUCAUGCCAUGUCGUCACCUAGCUACCUGCGAAGAUUGCGCCGGAACUCUGCACACGUGUCCCAUCUGUAGAAAACCUGUGGAGGACCGAGUUAGGGUGUAUUGGUCGUAAUAUUAUAGAUCGAUUUUUCUACAUAUAAUUGUCCCCUACCAGUUUCACCGGAGGGGACUUAUGGUUUGCACUCUGUCCGUCCGUCAGUCUGUCAGUCCAUCAGUCAGUCACAUUUUUCUGGAUCCUGUGAUAACUUUAAAAGUUUUUAAUAUUUGUUCAUGAAACUUGAAACAUGGAUAGAUGGCAAAAUGGGCAUUAUGCACGUCAUUUUAUUUUGUUCCUACGUCAAAAAUUAUGGUUGCUAUGGAAACCAAAAUAAAUAAAUUCUGACAAUGGUGGAGCUGGUAGGGGACAAUACUGCUUGACAAUAGCCUUGUUUUUCUUGACUUUUGGCCUGAUUAAGGUAUUAAUUAAAGACGUCUCAAUUUUCAAAAACUGGCAUCGAUAAUGUUUGGACAUUACCCUGGAAAGCAUCCAUUUUAUCUGUCUGUAAUGAAUAAACAUCAACAGAAUUUUUACUGUGCUUGAUAUGAAAAAUUUUAUAUAGAAGAAAACUAGGAUCGAUCAGUUUUAAGUUUAUUGUUAUAUGAUAUGAUUAAAUAGAUCCUUUUAAUAUUAUUUCUUAAUAAUUAGCUUGACACUUUGCAAACAAAUAUCUAUUUACACUUGUAUCAACAUUUUAAUGAAAUACAUCAUCAGCUUUUUAUUUCAAACCUUGAUUGAUUGAAUGUUUGAUUAUUAUACAUUUGAAGUACCUCAAGUGGAUAUUGUGGCAUUAAAAUAAUUGCAUUGUAACUGGGUCUAUCACAGUGUUAUUAAAGGAGCAAAUUCACAGAUUUUUGUGUUUUCAAUAUAUUUCAUUAAGUGAAUUGUAUUAAAAUAAAAAUUGUACUAAUUUGGAAUGGUUUUAAAUAAGUUUAAAAACAAAAAAGAAUAAAAUGUCUUUGAACAUGGGACCUAUAUAAGCAAUUGCUGAUGCAUUACAACCACGCCACUCAGGCUUUUGAAUUUGUAAGGUAGUUUAAACACUAUGUUGAAAUGCAUUUUGUUGGGGUAAAAUUAUGGAUGAAAAAGUGUGAUUGAUGAUUAUAAAUUAACAAACAUGUAUUUAACCAAAAAGUCAUGGUAAUUAUUAUUUUUUAUUUGUUUGAACAUAACACAAACAUCCUUUUUUCAAUUUAUGACUUUGUCAUUUUGCAAAUUGUGAACAAUUCCCCAUAAAUAUAUGUAUAAUUGUUAUUUUCAAAAGUUGAUGAUGAGGACUUUACAUUUUUUUCUCUGCUCAUAUCUUUGUUAAGCAUUAUUUCUUGUGCUUAAAAAAACAUAUACUAACAUUAAGGUAAAUUGAUGUCAGAUUAAUUGAUGAAAAAUCACUGUUACACCAUAUAAUAAUAAUAAUACCACAUUUAUAUAGCGCCCUUUUCAUACAGUAUUGUGUGUUCAAAGGGGCAUACCAUAUGUAUGAUAACCACAUGAAGCUUUCCAUACUUGAAGUACAAUGUAUGUGUGAUUCUAAGAUGUUUAAUUAAGGCUUUUCUAUGGCACUGUACAAUGCAUACAUAAUUUGCUUUGCAUAAUUUCAUAUUUUAGAUCUUUUGCAUGUAUGUAACGGAACACAAUAAGCUGUAACAUAUAUCCAUCUUUCCAUCUACAGCCCAUAUGCCUACUCCAUUCUUUGAAGCAAACAUGCUGAUUUCUUGCACAUUUUUAAACUGUACAGUUUUAUGUAUCAAGCAUGCACAUGGUGCUGAGAUAUAGCUUAUGCACUAUACUGCUUGCAAGUGUCAGAACCAGAAUUAACCGUUGUGGAAUGUCAUCAUGCUAUUUAUAUAUUUCCUCUUGGUUGCGACAAAAAUAUAUCUUAGAAACAAAUUUAUCAUUAUAAUAAAAAUUUGCCAUUUUUAAAAGACUAUCUCUGUAUAAAAAAAGUUAAUUAAAGCAAAAUGUCUAUGUAUUGUGCAACGAUCCUGCAUUUCUUAAACUAUAUAAAGCUUUGUAAUAAUUGUGUAAUCUUUUGAAAAUAAAAAAAAAUCGUUGAUGUAGUUUGAAGAUGUAUAUGUAUCUUAAAUAAUUAGUUUAUUUAGUUAUUUAUUAAUUAGUUUGUUGACUUCUUUAUUAUUUGUCUCAAAGGAGGGCAUUGGGACUGUGUAUAUAAUUUUUAGCGAGGCUGUUUUCGGAGAAAACCCGAGGUAUUGUCAUAGCCUGCUCGUCGUCCGCCGUCAGCCGCCCGCCGGCGUCGUGCUAAAACCUUUACAUUGGCUAUAAAAUCAAAGUGCUUCAACCUACAACUUUGAAACUUUAUAUGUAGAUGCACAUUGAUGAGUUCUACACGCCACACCCAUUUUGGGUCACUAGGUCAAAGGUCAAGGCCACAGUGAAUUACAAAAUUCUGACAGGCUUUCGCAGCCGAGCGUGGCACCCGUUAUGCGGUACUCUUGUUGUAUAUUUAAACAUUAUUGUGUGAAUUGUUUUUACAGAUAUGAUCAUAGAAACACAUAUGUUACAGGGCUUGUCCAUCUGCAUUUUAUUAAUUAUUUAUGUAAAAAUUGAGUUUAAUUUUGCAUCAUAGCACUAAGUUAUUGAACUGCUUUUUGUUGUUUGAGCUCUCCUUAGCCCUUAAACCACAACAAAUGUUACAUGCAAAUUGAUUGACUUACUGUGUUCUAGUUGAAAUUUCAUUUUUUUUUUAAAUGAAUGUUCGGUUCGAUCGAUUCACAUUGUUAGUGCCUGUAUAAUGUAAAUAAAAUAAAAUACAAAACAGGGUUUUCAAGAUGACUCCUUUUUUAAAGGCCUAGCAAGCUGAUACGGCUCAGUUCAGGCAGGAGUAUUAUACCCAUUAGUCCAUAUUCACAAAACCAUUCUUAAACUUGAAAAUUAAGAAUAGACCUAGACCCCCCCCCCCCCAAAAAAAAAAACAUCCAGCAUUUGAAUCUAUACAGGCUACCACUGGUGAUUAUGACAUGAACACAAUUUACUUCAUGAACAAUGAUUUAAAUAGAUGUGAUAAAUGCCAAGUUUGACCCAGAAAUAAAUCAACUUAAGAAUAAUCUUUAUUUUAAGACUAAGUCUAAGAAUUGUUUGAUGAAUACUAGCCCAGUUUUCAGGGUGCAAUUGUUUACAAAUGGAUAUUUUUUUUAACUAUUGAAUGUUUACCUUGAUACUUUGAUUCAAUAAACUUGUUAUAUUUUAAUUGGUAAUCAUAGGUAUAUAAUGAUACUCUUUAUGACAUUUUAGGUAUUUUGCAUUGUGUUGUACAAAACCACAUUUUCAUGCCAUUUGACCUUCUGACCUUGAUGAAAUAUUUUAUUUAAUGAUCUUGUAUUAAUUAAGGAAACGUUGAAUACUACAAUUCGUUGCGUCAGCUUUCAUUCAGCUGUAGAUGAGCGCAUGUGUGGCCUACUUUCGGAUCUUGUUCACAAUUUAACUCGUUCAUUUUUCAUGCAAUGUUAAAAUACAUGUCCACGAAUGAUAAUCGUAUGGAGAUGGCUUGUCAUGUGAUAGACCUGUGUGCCUUGCACGGAGGUUAGGGUUACACUUAGGUCAAAGGUCAAAUAUAUGCAUGACAUGGCUUGUCCAGACUGUAACUUUAUCCUUAAAAAAAAAAUUAAGAUAACUUGCUACUCAUGAUACCAUUUGUCCAUAUCUAAAAAGUCAUAUCUGAAAGGUCAUGAUUAAGUUGGUGGUUCAACGUCAAUUAUGGAAAUAUAAUGCUUGAAGGGUUUUAAGAAGGUUGCUCAUGUGAUUGACAAUAUGUAUAGGCUAUGUAGAAAAUGUGAUUUUUAAAGAAUAAUAGAUAAUUUUCGAGACUGACUCAACAUUUUGCUGACAUGCAAUAAGUUAUGUUUUCUAAUUGAGGCUGGGGCGGAUGCAGGUUUGGGGAUAUAUGGGAAUAUAUGUUUGAUUAAUCAGUUAUAACAUUAAUUGUUUAUGGGUAUGAAGCGGUCAGAUAGUAAGUUUAAACAUCUGUGCAAAUUUAAAUUAUCAUCAUCUCCAUUUUCGUCUGCAUUCAUAUAUAAAUUAUGUAUAAAAACAUCUACCGAGUAUAUAUAUAUAUAUAUAUAUAUAUAUAUAUAUAUAUGUAUCCCGUUUUGGUAGUUUUGUAUAUGCCCAUGUUUAUGAAUAAAAGGUACGAGACAGGCUGGGUCAGGUAGGAUUUUAUUGCUUUUCUAAUCAGAAGAUUGUAUGCCUUACACAAAUUGUUGAAGAUAAUUUUAUAUGGCAAUAUAUAAAUAGUCUGGAAAUAUUAGGGAGAUGGGCACGGGUUGAGAUAGUACUCCCCCAUGUAAGAUUUGUGAUAGUCAAUAUGAUUUUUGUCACCUUCAAAUGUCUAUAUAGGCUUGAACAUGCUUUAAGAACAGAAAUUGAAAGUCACUGCUGAUUCAAAUACUGAUGUCAGUGGGUUUGUUGAUAAACUGUACAAAGCAGUAGUUUUCCAAGAAGUUACAUUAAUGUCAUAACCAUUUUUGCGUUUAGAAAAGAUGAUUAAACGUUAGUGUUUUUCUUUAGUUCGAACAGUCAACAGUUACGUUGACACAAAAAAAUUAUACUAGUAGGACAACACUUAGUAUUGUGUAUUUACUGUAUCUUUUUCUGGCAAGGGAAUUGAAGUUUUCUGCCGAUUUUGUUGUUGUUUUAAUCUGUUUGGAAAAACUUAAAAAAUAUGGGGGGGGGUGUCUUUUUUUGACCGAUAUUAUUAUGUAGAAUUGUUUGCCGUGUAUAAAUUGGUAUUAUUUGUUAGUGAUAUCACAUGCGUCAUUUGUGUUAAAGGCAGCUUACAUGUGAUUGGUGUUGUUAUUAUUUGAUAAAAUGAUUUAAAGCACUUUGCACUGUAAUGUCCUUAUAUCAGCAGAGCUUGAAACUAAGUUGUUUAUUUUUUAAGUAUGCAUAUGAUGUGUUAUAAAAUUAUUUGCAGGCUAUUUUUUAACUUUGAAACAUUAUAAAUACACGUGUACCUGUUAUAUAUUUGUUAUAUUGUAUGCAUUUUCAUAAUUAUUUUACCUCAUUUUAUUGGUUGUGUUUUUAACUAUUCAUGUUUGUGUUGUGUAAAUGUAUUGCUUGUAAGUAUUUAUACCCCAACAAACAAAGUUUGAAGUGGGAUUAAAUGGAGUCCCCAUAUUGUUUGGUUAGUCUGUUGGUUGGUUCGUCAGUUUGUUAGCAAUAUUUUUCCUUCAAAUUUCUUUCUCAAUAUUUGUCAGAUUGAGCUUUAAUUAUUCAAGCUUUAUAUUCAUGAGGAUUAGUAUAAGUGCAUGACAUACGUCUUUCCCGUAUGUAUGCAUACAUUAAAAAUGUCCAAUUGCUGACCAUCUUUGAUAAAAACGUCUUCAAUAUUUGUCAGAUACGAAGCUUUCACUUUUCAGGCUCUUAAUUCAAAACAAGUAAAGUGAAUGACGCAUUUGUACAUUUUCUAAACAGUGCUUUACAUAAUUUUCGCACUGGCCUUUUUUGAAUUGUCUGACUCAUAAAAACAUACUUCAAAUUUUUGUGCAGCGGACGAUUUUUGGGAAUAUUGAUGUACUUGAUGAACAUAAUGCUAAUGUGUGCUUUACAUAAUAUUUGUUUUUUGACAAAGUCCAAAAUGAUUAACUUGACAUGAAAUCCAAAAUGUCUGAACGGCGUCCACCUUGGUUAAAAGCUUUUUCCUCAGAUCUAAAAUGUCUGACUGGAACAUGUUGAAUUUCUUCAUUGUGUUGGCGUCUGGUGUGGUACAUUUCCGUGGUACUUAAUACGCUUGAUAGUCUUUGGUACAAUCAACGCAAUUCAAAAUGGAAAUCUGAUGACCAUCUUGAAUAUUUUUUUUUUCGAUAUCGUGUGGUUUGUAAGAUUAUUAUGCUUUAUUAAAUGCUAUGUCAUGCGUACGUCUGACUUUGCUCUAAAGUAUAUUUUCAGCACUUGCUUGCCAAGAAAUUGCCUUUCAUACAAUUCAUAUAGAUUGCAUUUGUCAUUGGUAGUUAAGCUACACUUAUCUUAGGUUAAAGAAUAUACCAUUUGGUUAACAACAUAAGAACAUGCUACAACAUUAAGAGUCUUUUUGUUAACCAAUCAGUUUGCAAUUUGACAGCUCUAUUUUGUUUAAUCUUUCAUUAAAUGACCUUUCAAAUCAUUAACAAAAAGCUAGGUCAGUAUUUGUUUUUCAAUAUUUGAACAUUUGAAUGAACUUAAACAAUCUUUUGUUAAUUGCUAUCUAAAUUAGUUUUGUGGUAUUUUUUAUUAGCUCACCUGAGCACAGCCUGCUUAUGGUGAGAUUUUGGGAUCACCGUCGUCCGUCGUUAACAUUUUUCCGUGUUAACACUCUAGAGGCCACAUUUAUUGUCUGAUCUUUAUGAAAAUUUGUCAGAAGAUUUGUCCAAAUGAUAUCUUGGUCGAGUUCGAAACUGGGUCACGUGAGGUAAAUACUCACAAGGUCGAAUAAAAGAUAAAGCUUGUUAA